AUGGCUAUUCCUCGGUCACGGGACCCUGUGCCUCCUCCGUUGCCACCACCCACCUACAUACCUGAAAUUUCAGCGGGUUCCGACCCAGGCUGGCAAUGGGGCAACGAUCCCAAUGGCGCGGACUUCGGGAGGCCCGCUUCAGUCAAGGCUGGGUCUAGCCUGCUAGGCUCGAUCAACAAGUCGACAAGGCUACAGAAAGAGCACGAUAGCACCGCACAAUACAGCUUCCCCAACUCUCGACGCGGGAGCUCACUUUCGACGAUCACGGCAGGUCGUGAGCAAGACCCAACGGACGAGAUGUUCCAGCAUGGCGACGAGGAGGCACGGCCGACGUCAAACGGACUACACGGCGAAAGACAGCUCGAACAACGAGCACUCAGACAAUCCUCACAGUCCUACGACAAGCAGUUGCUGAGUAGAAUAGGAGGUCCGAAUACACCAAGUCGACAAUCUCUAUCGAACUCGUCUGGAAAUCUGCUGGAGAACGCCCAACUUGCGCCGGGCGAUGCAGAACGGCGCAACAGCUCUUUGCAUCCUCUUUCGCUGCCGGAGAGAAGACAUGGGUCUAUCGAUUCACCUUUGGGAGCUCGAUGGCCCCCGUCUUCUGGCGGCAUCUCACCAGGUUUCACAGGAUUCUGGCAGGAGCACGGCCCGUCGGAAAACAGCCGCGCGUUAGCACGGCACCGAGGCAGCCUCACCUCAGAAGAUCUUACAUCUCACCGUGGCAGCUACGAUCAUUCCAUGUUUAUCCACGAUGACUUUGGCAUGGAAGACGGGCAGAUGAGCAAUCUCAACAUUCACGAUCGCAGCCCGGGAUCGCCGAAAGCGGGCUCGAAGCGACGGGCGUCCUCACCGCCACGCGAACGCGACGAUCGAUCCUCCAUCAGCAGCGCGCCGGGACACAGCGAGGUGUAUCAUCGGCGCUCCAUACACCAACUUCCCAAUCGCGGCUCGCCAAUCUCGCGAUUUCAUCCUAACCAUUCGUCGGUUUCGUCAGCAUCUUCUGUUGGUGUGCGGCACGGCUCGUUGGGAUCAUCUCUGGGAUUAUCAAGCGUCCCGAGCAGCGCGACGAGUUAUGCUUCUGGACGCCUCUCUCCAGGCGCCCUGUCACCGGCCAUAGAAGUGGAUGCCAGAGUUGGUGCGCCUUACGGUGGGAACAAGGUUUUGAACCUCACCUCUCCAAUGGCGCAUCAUCAGCGGACCCUCUCGGAAAGCACUCAAGGUGGUGGGACACAGCCAUCCAUCGACAGCGCGGCCCAUUCACGACACGGCAGCUUGUCGCACAUGCAGGGCAUCUUUAUAUGCGAAUGCUGCCCGAAGAAGCCUAAGAAGUUUGACACCGAGGACGAGCUUAGGCUUCAUGAAUCUGAGAAGCAAUAUGCUUGCAACUACUGCUCCAACCGCUUCAAGAACAAGAACGAGGCCGAAAGGCAUCAAAACUCCCUACACCUCCGCCGCCACUCCUGGUCGUGUGCCGCAUUGACCGGCAUCGAGGCAGCCUACCACGCCUCAACGAACGGCACCGAUGUUUGCGGCUACUGCGGCGAGGAGUUCCCAAACCCACCACAAUGGGACAUUCGCGCCGACCACUUGAAUCACGUCCACAAGUACGGCGAGUGCAACAUGGCAAAGAAGUUCUUUCGAGCCGACCACUUCCGGCAACACCUCAAGCACAGCCAUCAAGGCACGAGCGGCAAAUGGACGAACAUGCUGGAAAAUGCAUGUAUGAAAGACGAGCCGCCUCCUGUGCCCCGAGCUGGUGCCGCGGUAAGCCAGGCGCCGCCUGCUUUGAUGGUCACCACAUCUGGGCUGAGCCUGCCUGGGCCGAUGCCUCCAGGCAGAAUUGACGAAACACCUCACGAUAGCUAA